CUCCUGGCCAAGCUCAGGGGCACGGCAGCGCGCUCUGCUUCGGAUUUUUCCUGCCUUCCUUGGAGAUGCUUGUGCUUGGAGGGGAAGGCAGAACAUUGUAUCUUGGAACAAAUCUGCUUUUGAUCAUGCAAAUGAAUGCCCCGUUAAUGUAGGCAGACUGUCAAUUUCACCAGUUAGGAGGAGAGAGAGAAAAGGGGGGACAAUUCCCCACCACAGCGACUGAUGAAGAAUUUCAACAGAAAGCUGCUACUUCAGAAAAUAAGAUCAUUCACGGCGAAUGGAGAACAUCUCAGGCAGCCCUGAAGCUCCACCGGCUCCGAGCAUCUCCAACAGCCCGGGGAGAGAGAGAAAUGGGAAACAGCAUGAAAUCCACCCCUGCGCCCCCGGAGAGGCCUCUGCCCAGCCCUGAGGGGCUGGAUAGCGACUUCCUCGCUGUGCUGAGUGAUUACCCGUCUCCUGACAUCAGCCCCCCUAUAUUCCGCCGAGGGGAGAAACUGCGCAUCAUUUCGGAUGAAGGUGGCUGGUGGAAAGCCAUCUCUCUUAGCACUGGUCGAGAGAGUUAUAUUCCUGGGAUAUGUGUGGCCAGAGUUUACCACGGCUGGCUGUUUGAAGGCCUGGGCAGAGACAAGGCGGAGGAACUGCUGCAGCUGCCAGACACGAAAGUUGGCUCCUUCAUGAUCAGAGAGAGCGAGACAAAGAAAGGGUUUUAUUCGCUGUCGGUGAGGCACAGGCAGGUGAAGCAUUACCGCAUCUUCCGCCUACCGAACAACUGGUACUACAUCUCCCCGCGGCUCACCUUCCAGUGCCUGGAGGACCUGGUCAAUCACUAUUCUGAGGUGGCUGAUGGCCUGUGCUGUGUGCUCACCACGCCCUGCCUGACACAAAGCACGGCUGCCCCAGCAGUGAGGGCCUCCAGCUCGCCUGUCACCUUGCGCCAGAAGCCUGUGGACUGGAAGAGGGUGUCCAGACUCCAGGAGGACCCUGAGGGAGCAGAGAACCCACUCAGGGUGGAUGAGUCCCUUUUCAGUUAUGGCUUGCGGGAAAGCAUCGCCUCCUACCUGUCUCUGACCAGCGAUGACAACGCCUCCUUUGACCGAAAGAAGAAAAGCGUCUCCCUGAUGUACAGCGGGAGCAAGCGGAAAAGCUCGUUCUUCUCAUCCCCACCUUACUUUGAAGACUAGCCAGAGAAAAGACUCCAUGCUUCACGCCCACAAGGAACAAAAGUUCCAACAAUCACCUGGGAUCUUGCAAAAAGCAGCAUCCCCUGAUCCCCGGGGGAAUCUCAUGUCUUUCAGAAGCCAAGAGAAGCCAUGUAGCGACUCAAACUCGCGUCUUCCAAAGGAGCCCCUCCCUGGGGUCUGACCAGUACUGGGACGUCAUGCAGUGCUGAAUCAUGAUGUCACUGGGCAACACUUAGAAGAGCCCAGCAUGUCAGUGUGUCCAUGUCGUGUGUGUGGGAAGGACAAAGCCACUCUCACAAGAAAGUGCACCAGGACCAUCCUCCAACAAACUGUCUGGACGGUUACACUUGGAGGUCAUUGAAGAGAACCUCUGUAUCAGCAGGUCUGAGAGGAAGAUGAACCAAAAGGUGUUGCCUGGCAGAAGGUCUAGAUUUGCAUAUGGGGUCUUUAAAUGGAACUUUGUAAGCCAACCAUAGGGACUGUUGGUUGCAUCCCUCUCUUUUUAAGGGAACUGCGCGACACUAAACGUUAGUCCAAAGGACUUCUUAGCCCUGAAUCAGGAGAAGCCUUUGGCAAGCACCUGCAAGCCAGUGUGCAGACGCCAGAUGGCUUCCCUGAUGUGAGGAGGGCAAGGCAAAUGAGAGCCAGCCUGGGACUGCACCAGCUCUCCCGAUGUCCCCAGCCAUGGCUUUGUAGUGCCGAAAGAGCUUCUCUGGGUUGCUGGGAUUCUUGCCUGUAUUAACACAUCAACUAUUAAUUCAUAAGUGCCUGAGGAGGCGUUGUGUGCAGUCCUGUGUAAGAUGUGAGGCCAAAUAAAGAAAAGAAGAGAUGCCUAAACCCACCCUCAAAAGAGGUGCUCACAAUGUAGACAGAGAAAAAAGUGUAUUAAAAGUAGUAUGUGAAAGGAGAAAUCAACUCCUGGCUUAGGAGGAGAUUAGAGGCCGAUGAGGGUAACAUGUUAGCUGAUCCCCAGAGAGUAUGCCAGCUGGCUGGACUGAAUAGUUAGGAAUGGUUGGGUGGGGGGAAAGAAAUUGUUAAGUUCUAAAGAAUUAAUUUAUGCAGUAUUUUAUUCUAAGAAAGCUCUGGCACCCACAUGAAUAAAAACGCUGAGCUCCACGAAAGAUAGGGAGUCCAAAUGGAUUAAUUCUGUCAUACACAAUUUUAAGAGAUGAGGGAGAAAACACAGAGUAUACCAGAGAAGAAGCAGGGAUCUCCAGGCCGCCCAUCUGGCUCCUGCCAGGAAGGGAGGAGGUGACAGAUGAAUCCGUGACUAUUUUUCCCCAUUUCAAAGGGAUUCUGGAGCAAGCAGGGUGCAUGCACGGGGUAUCUCUUGCUGCCUGUGAAGUCUGUCUGCUUGCCGCCAGCAUUCUGUCCGUCUGAGCUCACUGUGCCAGUGGUGUGCGUAUGUGCAUUGACAUGAUUUUCUCAACCUUCAGUUUCCAGUGUGUUUACACAAGGAGACAUUUGUGGUUUUCUCAAGAAUCCCAAAGGCUGUUUUGGAGGGCCUAGCUGACGUAUGGGACUCGAAUCUAACACUGCGGACGUCGACUUCCACCAUCCGGCAGGGCGACCUCCUGAGCUCCAGAUGUCUGUACAGCGUCUCAUGUAUUGUUUUCCGUUGUGACGAAUGUGAUUGGAAUGUCUGGGGAACACUUGGAGGGAUUUCUUAAUUGGGAAGCAUUACACGUUGUUAAAUCAUGUAUUUAUUCCUGAUUAAAAUAAACCUAAUAAAUAUUUAACCCUUG